AAGGUAGAUCAGUCUUGUAAAACCCUCCAUUGCCAUGAUUUCUGGUGAGGAUAUCUAUUAUAUUGUAGCAGCCACUGUCCCUCUUUAUGUUUCUAUGGUGUUAGCCUACAUAUCACUGAAAUGGUUGAAGAUCUUUACCCCUGAGCAAUGUGCUGGCAUAAACAAGUUUGUUGCCAAAUUCUCCAUCCCCUUAUUGUCUUUCAAUGUGAUUUCUAACGCCAAUCCCUACAAAAUGAACAUGAAACUCAUUUUCGCCGAUUUUAUCCAGAAAAUACUUGCAGCUGUAGUUUUAGCUGUCAUAAGCAAGUUCAGCUCCAAAGGGGGCUUGAAAUGGCUCAUUACUCUUUUCUCCCUAUCAACCUUGCCUAACACUUUGAUCCUAGGAAUUCCAGUGUUGAAGGCCAUGUAUGGGGAAGAAUCUGCUUCACUCCUGGCACAAGUAAUCUUGUUACAGAGUUUGAUAUGGUAUAAUUUGCUUUUGUUUCUCUUUGAGCUCCAUGCAGUAAAGGCAGCCGCAGACAUUGCGCCAUCAGUUGUCACAGAGGGUCAAGAGGCUCCUCAAGAUACAGAAGUAAAAGUAGAGGGUGAGGAAGAAUCACAAACCAGGUCACCAAGGCCAAGGAAAGUGGGGAAAAUGUUCAUUUUCUUGACAUUGGGGAAGAAGCUUAUAACAAAUCCUAACACACAUGCAACCUUGGUGGGUCUAAUUUGGGCAUGCAUAAAAUACAAGUUGGGACUGAAACUGCCUCAAAUUAUUAGUAGGUCAAUAUCACUAUUAGCUGAUGGAGGACUAGGCAUGGCACUGUUCAGCUUAGGCCUUUUUAUGGCAUCCCAGCCUAGCAUAAUAGCAUGUGGGAUCAAAAUGACAUUUGUUGGCAUGGUGCUGAGAUUCAUAGCAAGCCCUGCUCUUAUAUUAGUGCCUUCACUUGCCCUUGGACUAAAAGGCAACGUGUUCAAACUGGCAAUUGUGCAGGCUGCUCUUCCUCAAGCAAUCGUGCCAUUUGUAUUUGCAAAAGAGUAUAACGUUCAUCCAGAAGUACUAAGCACCGCAGUGAGCUUUGGCAUGCUUAUUGCCUUGCCUGUGGCCUUGGUGUACUACCUCCUGCUAGCAUUGUGAAAUUCUAUUGCAAUUUCAAGAACAAAAAAAAAAUUACUUACCUAAUUAAAUUCAAUAAUUUCUUACCAAGGAAACAUAAAAAAGUCAUUAGUUAGAGGGAAAAAAAAAUGAAGCUUCUUGUAUAUGUAGAUGGAGGUUGGCAAUCAAUAAAAUGUAGAUAUAGAUGGAGUUUAUUAAAUUUGCUUUGGCUUG